AUGGGAUAUUCAUCACACACGCACCAGACACCGGCCAGUAGCAUACACAUUGUAGCACCGGCAGAGACGGCGACGGAGCAAUGGAGUCAACGGACGUUGCCGUCCUCCCAGAAGCGCUCGAACCUGGCCUUCCCGGCUCUUAAAGAGCCAGAAAGUAAACAAGUCAUUAAACCUUUAGAGGCGGACGCUUCUGAUGAUGUUGUUUGUCAGAGUCAGAUGGAAUUUGAGGCAGAUCCCGCCCACGAAUUCUGGAAAUGGAGUGUGCAUAAGCAAAACUGGUAUCACUUUGAUGAAUCAACGGGCUCGAUUCUUUGGGCUCCUCUUCAGCUAGACUAG